AUGUGCGAUGAGUGCAAGCUUCCACCUCCACCUCCUCCUCCUAAACCAAUAGAGUGUCCACCGCCACCGUCCCCUCCACCACCGAUACCACCAUCGCCUCCACCACCAUUGCCGCCAUCACCUCCACCUCCGGUUAUUAAAUGUCCUCCGCCGCCAAAACCACUACCACUGCCGCCACCACCACCCGUGGUUGUUGAAUGUCCACCGCCGCCAAAACCACCGUGCGGAGGCGGAGGUGUUGACUGCUUGCUGCCCACUUUUCCGGAGACACCAGACGGACCCCAUUACCUACUAUCGCCACCGGGCCUUCCGUCGCCAGGAACGCUAGAUCUUGAUGACAUUAUCAACGGUGCAAACAUGAUUAAUCCACUGCUACGCUACUUCUCGUUGCACUCCUUCACUUUUCUUCUCCUUCUUUGCCUUCCCUAUUUCUUGUUCGUUUGA